AUGCUUAUAUAUUUAUUAUAAAAAGACCCUGAUGAAAGAUGUCAUAAAGAUCAUUAAGCUAUAGAAGAUUAAUUGAUUUGCUUAUAAUAUUUUGAUUUUUUAUAAAGCUAAACUAAAACAAAACUUUAUAAAGCUUUACUUCGUGAGAUGGCAUAAAAUGCAGUUUUAACAUAGUUUGAAUCUGGUAAAUUUUAUUUAUCUAAUAUAAAGGUUAAAUUAUUUGGAAGUUUCAUGAUAGAUAGGAUAGAAUAAUGAUUUUAUAUUCGGGUUAAAUAUAAGAGUAUUAAGAAAUCUCAGAAGUUGAAUUAGAUGAUAAAAGAAAAAAUUUGAUGAAGUAAUAUAAAUCAGAUAUUUUUAUUGAAAGACCAGGUAGAAAAGUAACUGCAAAAUACUAGCAAAAUGGUUUAUUAAGUUUAACAAUAAAUGAUUAACCACGAUUACGUAGAGCUUAGGUUUGUGAAAUACCAUAAAAGAUAGAAUUAAAAAGAACAAAUAGUAUAAGGCACAAUCGGUUUCCCUAAUUGCCACCUUAAUACUUAUAGGUUUUAAAUAUUGAAUUAGAUUAACUAUUAAAAGGAGUAAAACUAUAUAAUGAAUCAUACUUUUAAUAUUUAUUAAACCAGUGUGUUUGUAAUACAAAAUAAACUCAUUUAUUUUAAGAAGGAGAAUUAUUAAACAAUGAUCUUCUAGUGAAAAAACAUAAUACUUUGCUACUUGCUUUAACUGAUUGUGUAAUCAUUUAGAUGAAUUUAAGUGAUUAUUAAAAUGUGGAAAAUCAAAUAAGAAUAUAAAAAUAAUCAAAAAUAUAUAGAUAAUUAGAAUCUGGGUUUGUUAGUGAAAUUACAGAAUCAGAGAAUGAAAUGCAUUAAUUAGUUAAGUCACUUAUGAAUAAAUUUAUAAAAUUUAAAUAUAAUCCUAAUAAUACAAUUUAUACAAAAGGGUAAUAAUUUAUAUAUAUAUAUAUUCUUAUUUCUGGAGAAUGUUAAAUUAAUGAUGAUAAUAAUGCUUUGGCUCGUAUUAAUUAAGGAUGUUUAUUAGGAGAAGAAUCAUUUGAUAAUAAUCAGUAUGAAUAUAAAUGUGUAACAACAACCAAAUGUAAAUUAUAUGGAGUCAAAAUUACUGAUAUUAAUCUAUUAUGUUAAAGAUACUAUUGGUUUAAGUAAUAAUUAUUAAGCAAAAAGCAAAUCAAAUCUAAUUGGUUACGUAGUAGACUUAUGGAUCAAUAAAAAAGAAAAAGAACUGAAUCAACCAAUCUUAAAUUUUAAUUUCAAAUCUAAAUUAAUAAAAUACCAAAUAAUCAACAAUAAUAAUUUAAAACUCAUAGACCUGCAUAAUCCUAAAAUAUUUUUGAUAAAAACUAAUAUUAAGAAAUAAUGUCUUAUCGUGGUUAAUAUAGAAAUUCAAGUCCUUCAAAAAUAAAGACUAAGUAAUUUAAAUAACCAUAAUCUUAACCCAGUUUCUCUAAAGAUUUUAGUAAUGAUGUUGACAUCUUACCUAUGUUAAUGAAUUUAGAUAAAUAAUAAAGUAAUAGCCUUAAAGAAUUACUAAAAAAAGGUAAAAUAAAGCCUUAUUAAUAAUAAAAUCAAAAAUGCUCCCCAGCUUAAAAUAUAUUAACUAUUCCUUGUAAAGAAUCCACUUUAAAAAUUAUGAAACGUAUCCAAUAAUACUUAGGUUGA